UGACAACCUAGGAAAGCGACGUGUCAAAGUCGCGUCAUCUAACCUCUCAAAAUUGAUUGCUUGUCCUUUUAAGCUUUAAGAUUUAGUGUUUGCUCCUAAAAAACCAAAAAUGCCGCAAAUCGGUUCUGUUCUUUCAAAGUUCUACAAUGAUUACAAAACCAAAACCCCCAAGAAAUUGAAGGUAAUCGACGCUUAUUUGUUUUACAUUCUCCUCACCGGUGUCAUCGAAUUUAUUUACUGUAUUCUUGUUGGAACCUUUCCUUUCAACUCAUUUUUAAGUGGUUUUAUAUCCACUGUCAGUUGCUUUGUGCUGGGAGUAUGUUUGAGACUACAAGUGAACCCCGAGAACAAGAACCAGUUCUAUGGGAUCAGCCCUGAGCGAGGAUUUGCGGAUUUCAUCUUCGCCCAUGCAGUUCUUCACUUGGUAGUGAUGAACUUUAUUGGGUAGAGCUCAUAGAAAACAUCAUUUUUAUUGUCAUUUAUUUCCAUUAGCUCUAUAAAAAUAAAUGUUAAAACAACCCAA